UUUUCCAAUGAGUCAGCUCUUUGCAUCAGGUGGCCAAAAUAUUGGAGGAGAAUAUGUUGCUUCAACCACUUAGGGUCAGUGCCCCUCACCUGCAGGAAGCAGGUACUGACAGAUUUCUCUGCCCCUUUCCCCUCAGCAACAAUAUUCUCCUAAAAUAAAAAGGGGGAAAUGAGAGACUUAACUUAGGCAGGUUGAUAAGGAGUCAAAGCCUAAGGCCCCUUUAAGGAGGAGAUAAACAUUCUUUCUUUUUCACAGUCUUUCCUAUAGAUAUGUAGGCCUCGUAGGCAGCAGUAUCUCUUAUUCAAGGACAUGCCUUUUUUUUUUUUUUUUUUUUAAGCUUUGGAUAUAUGUUAUGGGAGAAGGUCUGGGUAAAAACUUCCACAGCUGUAGCUCUGGGUUAACCUGUUCCUUCUGGCUGAUCUCGUGCUGAUGUCAUCCCAGGAGGUAUGUUAGAGGAAAGGGUCUGGAAAAAUUCUCGCAGUCUUGAGGUAUCUUUUAUCUAUUCUCAGCAGCUAGUUGAGAAGUGUAUAAAGCCUUGCUUAAACUAGUGAGGUGGGUUCUCUCCUGCUCCCUUCUGAUGUCUAUGUCUGAAGCUUUUUCUGUCACUUUCACUUUAGAUAAAAUCUACACAAUGCUCCAAGUGACUGAGACUGUCUUGACUGAGACUGUCUUUGGUCCCGAGUUAAAUCUUCUCCUUCGGAGACCACGAAUCUGGCGGCACUGUUCACCAUUCACCAUAAGAUGUCACAACUCUAGAGUCAGUAUUCAUGUUUGUCUCAUGCCAAGCACCACUGAACCUGAAGCAUUAUAUAGACCUUCUUAUCAACUUUCUAUAGCCAUCUAACAGAGAAUAUUUAAAAUGUGAUUUAAGGUUAUCCUGUCCUAUUCAAAGUGUGUAAACAUUCUACUCACAUGAUUUGAAUAGGACAGAAUCUUGGCGACCCCAUGGACACUAGUUUGCAAGUCUCUGCUAUUCAUGGAAUUUUUCAGGCAUGAAUACUGGAGUGGGUUGUCGUUUCCUCCUCGAGGAAGUCUUCCCAACCCAUGCCCCAUGCAUCUCCUGCAUUGGCAGGUGGAUUGUUUACCACUGGGAAUGUUUGGGAAGCCCCAAACAUUCUACUUAGGCAAGCUCAAAUGACCUGAGAGACUUACCAUUUUCAAAGUUUUUUCCCUUGUAUUGUACUUUCCUUGUCAUUGAAAGGUCCAGACUCUCUCUACACAGUAUAAUCUGUGUAGCAUGUAACACUUGUCAGUAUUUAAUAUUAUUAAUUUCCUCAAAAAUCAAAAUCCAUCUCAUUCCCUCCUCAUUUCUUUCACUGUUUAAGUUUGUUACAUGCUUAGCUGGUGUCUAAAAUAGAGACAAAAGCAAAGACUGGGCAAACAUUGCCACUUUUAUCACAGAAAAUGUUUUCACAGCCACAAAUGAUGGGAUACCCUAAGAAAAUAAUUACAGAAAUUAAGGUGCAUAGAGCACAGAGCUGGAACCAAGAUGUAAUUAUCCAAAAAAAGGAGUGAUCACUAAGUAUUUCAAAUGGGGAAGAGGAAAUUAUGUUCUUAAAAUUCAUGGGGAAAAUUCAUACACAAAGUCCUCUGUUCCACCAUUAUCCUAUGAAGGGAGCCCCAGAGAAAUCAUCCCUGGAGGGAAAGAUACACAGAGUGGAAUUCCUGGUACAGAGUGCACUUCUCCCGUGAUGGGGAGUGGGAGGGGUCGGGGAAAGCCUCGUGGGCGUGGCUUUGCGUGGCGUCCAAGAUGACGUCACAAACAUCAACCGUAUCCCACGACACCAUGGGCUGAGCUAGUGCCAGCGGCAGCUGCGUCUGGGGAGGAAGCUUGCCCUCUGUACCCAUGAGGUAAAAUCCAUGGGAGCAGUAGAGAGUUGGAUGCCCUCGAACAGAGUGGGGCAUGCCCCAGAGGAGCCAGGUGCUCCUGAGGGGGAGGAGGAGGCCGAAGAGGUAGCAGGGGCAGUGAUAGAGGAAGGGGAGGAGAGGGAAAAUGCCAGACCCACCACUAGUCAAGGGCGCCACAAGCGGAAGACAGGCCCAGAAGGGCAGCUCACAAAAGCGACCCACAGGAAGAGAGCAAAAGACAGAUUCGAGUCCAUUUAUAAGACACUUUUUCUGAGAGGAGAAGGGAGUGAUGUUCAGAUCCGUGCCCUGGGGGAGGAGUGGAACUUGCACAAGGUCUACUUGUGCCAGUCAGGAUACUUUGCUAGCAUGUUCAGUGGUGCGUGGCGUGAGACAACCAUGGAUAUUGUAGAGUUGCAGAUGCCUGACGAGAACAUUGAUUGUGAGGCAUUGCACGAGGCUUUAGGUUUUCUGUACCGAAACUCUGUGCUCAUCCCACCCGGUCGAGUGGUCCCCAUGCUGGCCACAGCCAGCAUGCUGCAGCUGGACAAGCUGAUUCAGCAGUGCGGGGAGGUAAUGAAGGAGACGGUCAGUGAUCAGACCGUGUGCAGCUACUACUGCUCUGCUGAGAGCUACGGACUCCAGAACAUCAGGGCCAUGUGUCUUCAGUGGCUGCUGGACAAUCUAAUGACCCAGCAUAGUGAGGAGUUAUUGAGAGAAAUUAGCCUGGAUCUCAUGAAAGAGGUCAUUGCCUCUUCAGAGCUCAUCGUGAUGGAGGUAGAGAUGGAUGUGUACACGACGCUGAAAAAGUGGAUGUUCCUGCAGCUGCAGCCGACAUGGAGAGGCCCCCGCAGAGACCUACUGCCUGAUGCCGACUCGUGGUUUGCCAGGUCCAGGCAGGAGUCAGAGGGCACCGCUUUCCUGGAGACCGAGCAGGGCAGAGCCUUCGUGCCAGCGUUCCAGCAGCUGCGGCUUGCCUACAUAAUCUGCGACCUGCCGUCAGCACGCAUCAUCGACCAGGAUGCACUGAUCCCUGCCACGUGGCUGGCCCCAGUGUACAAAGAGCAGUGGCUUGCCCUCCUCCGGGCUGAGCAGACCAGAGACCUCGGGCCCGUGGAUGUCUUCGUGUCCGACCUCCAGAGGACCAGCAUGCGGUGCGGGGGCCGGCUCCUCAGGGAUGCGCAGCGCACCUGGCGGUGGGCAGGCUUCAACUUCGGCUGGGACUUGGUGGUGUGCUAUGCCAACCGGCGCAUCAUUUUCAAGCACAGCGCGCUGAAGAAAUCUUGCGGUCUCGGGGUCAGCUUACUCUGGCAGAGAAAGGUCGCGUUCCGCUUGCGCCUGGCCUCCUUGGACAGGGCUGGAAGAGCCAUUUUCCGGAAGCAGACAGAAUUCCAAGUGCUUUCGCUGGGAAAGGAUGAAGAGCUAGAGGUGGUGAAUCUGGAGAACGAAGAUGUGGUUUUCCCCAUAUAUGUGACCUGUAAUUUCCUGUACCUCCCCAGAGAGGGGCGUUUUCCUCAGUGAGGACUCCUGAAAACAAAAUCUCAGAGAGGUGAGCAGCUCUUUCCCUGGGGUCAGGGACGACCAGCUUUGUCCAGAUGCCAGCUCCUUCUGCGGGACCAACCGGACUUGCCCACCUCUGGUGGCCCAACUCUGUCAGAGUCUUUGUUGAACUGUAGCUCAUAAUACUUGAGGUUGUUUACCUGAGCCUAUGAAGAGGAGAAAUUUUAAAGCCCUGCUCCCCCAACACCUUUAGAACUUAUUUGUGCUGUUAAAGUGGCAACCUGUCCUCCUGGUUUACCAUCCAUCAAUGCCCCCUCCCAUCAUUUCUGCCAAGUCAAAGACCAGUUGACUUGAGAGAGCAACCUGUGAACCUACCUACUCUACCACUGUUAGGGAAACUCUUUUAAAAUAUGCAUUUCCUUUAGCUUGAUUAAAGGAACGUUAAAGAAA